AGAAUAAACUAUGAAUGACAGGAAAAAUUUCUCAUUCACAUUCCCGUGUAAGAAGCAAAGAAAACCAAAGGGUAUGUCUUUCAAUGUAUCCAACAAGGAUCAGUUCACGAUUGAAUAUGACAACGAAGUUGCUCUAGAUAAAGUGUCGAUGCGACAACUUGAAGUAUUAGAAAUGAAAAUAAACGUUGAUGAAAAGAGUCACCAAGAUGAGAAAAAUCAAAUCCUGGAGAAAAGUGAGGAAACGAUUAGAUUACUUGAAGAUGAAAAUGAAAUUUUAAAAAUCAAGACUGAGGAUCAGGCAGACAAAAUUAAACAGUUGGAUAAUGCAAACACAAAAAAAGACAGAGACAUACAAAAACUGAAAAACAGACAAGAUGAACUGUCCGGAAAGAUUUUUGAACUAGACUCAAAUUCUUCAAAAAAAGGAAACCACUGAUGAACAGGAAUUAGAAAUUGAUAGGCUGAAAUGCGAGCUAGCUAAAGUAAAUAAGGAGCUAAAACAAAAAGAGUCUGAAGAAAGAUCUGUCCGAGAACAAUUACAGAAUCUGGAUACCGAACUAGAAAAACGAGAUUCCGAAUGGCAAAGUAGAAUUGAAGAACGAGACGCUGAAAUGCAAAACAGAAAUGACAAACGAGCUGCUGAAAUGAAAAAUAUGUUUGAAUCAGUGAUUGAAAAACAGAUGAAAGCACUUGUAGACCACAUGAAAACCAGCUCCGAAAAUAAUGAUAAAACUACAAUAAAUAAUACAGGAAAUAUUCAAAUCAACCAAACUAAUAGUAAUGGUGCACAAAAUACAAGCCGACAAACAUAUCCUAUUAAAACAGUUAUUACUGUGUUCGAAGAUGGGAGAGGUUGCGGAAAUUCAUCAAGAUUACGUAGGGAUAGAGGACAUGGAUCAUGUGGACGACAAAAAACAGAAUAAUCUUAUCGUAAUUUUUUAGGGUUGGCAAAAACCCGGGUUUUAUGAGUAUUGCUAAGCCCAGUGGGAAAUACUGAGAAAACCCAGGUUUUAGUGGGUUAUACUGGGCAAAACUAGGUUAUAUAAAUGCCUGAGCGUAUGGUGGUUUAGGGUUUUUCUCUAAUUUAUGUCUCUCAUAUUCGUAAAUUGUUUCGUUAUGAAUAAGAGCAUCGUUUUUUUUCUCUUUUAAAUUGUUUUACAUGUCUAAAUUCUUAAUAAUUAUUUUCUUUUUCUCAAAUGUAAAUUGCUCAAUAUUGGUUAUCUCUGUCCACCAAUUCAACAUUUUACAGUAACAUAAUAUUGUACAUGUAUACAAAGUGCGAUAUUACUGUAAACAAACAUGCAUAUACAUGUUCUAUGGAAAACAUUAUGAAUUUAUAGAUACAAGUUUGUGUAUUCUUUUAAGUAGAAACGGAUUUCAUUUUUAUCAUUCGUGAAUAUAAUGUGUUAUAUUUCGACCUUGUCAGAAAAGAGAAUUCGUUUAUGAAUUCGACCUUAUUUUUGUACAUGUAUACUUAAAUUCAAAACUAUUUUCAUUUACAAGGGUUUAAUAUGACUUUUUUUUUCAAAAUUGAUGUUUUUUUUUCUGAAAUUGUUUAACACAUGUUUAAUAUUUUACAGCAGUACAAAUGUAUAAACAUGAUAAUACUUUUACUUAAAUUAUUCAACUCUUUUUUCAUUGACUUAUCUUUUAAUAUUUACAUUGCAUCAUGAACAAAUUUAUUCAUUCAUUGUGUGUUUAUUUGUGUUACUACGUUUUAUGAUUGUUUUAAGCCAUUCAAAUUGAUAUUUGAUACUGCGUCUUUCUUUGUUGUGAUGUUAUACAAUGAUUUCAGAUUAGAGAGAAGGUUUUGUGCUAUUAAAACGUUUGAACCCGCAGCAAUUGUUUUCACCUGUCCAAAGGAUUCUGAUGUUCGGCAGUUUGUUAAUGUGCUUCAUAAGUGGUCCUCGUGUCUUGUUUUGAAAUGGGCAAACCGUUGGUUAUCUCCGUUUGAAUGCUUUUACACAAGUAUUAUUUUGGUGCCCUUUAUUCGUUUGUGUGCAGCUCUUGUGGGUUAUUAGCCUUUAUUACCGGAUUUGUAAUCACAUAAGCAACAGGACGGGUGUCACAUGUGGAGCAGGAUCUGUUUACCCUUCCGGAGCAGUUGAGAUCACCUUAGUUUUUGGUGGGGUUCGUGUGGUUUAUUCUUUAGUUUUCUAUGUUGUGUUAAUGUGUAUUAUUGUUUUUCUGUUUUUCUUUUUCAUUUUUAGCCUUGGCGUUGUCAGUUUGUUUUAGAUUUAUGAGUUUGACUGUCCCUUUGGUAUCUUUCGUCCCUCUUUUACAAAGAUUUUUUAUAUAAAAUUUGAAACAUAAAUUACUCACUUGAUUUUCUAUGAUGUGCUAGUGUUUAUUUUUUACAAAAACUUCUAAGCAACCUGUAAAUUCCAAAACACCUCGUGCUGAGUCAGUAAAAUCGAUCGCACCCUAAAAGGUGUACUUGAUUUUGGCCAUAUUUAUAUUUGUUUUAACCAAUAGCUACAUUUAUAAACUUGUUUUAAGGAAAUCAAUGCUAGCACUGCAUGCAAUAAUCCUAUAUCUAUCAGUUAUAAAAUUUCCAAAUAUGAGAGUACAAGGAUAAAGGCUAUGGAUUUUCUAUAAAAAUCUUGAUUUAUUUGCCACAAAGUCCCCUUUUUCUAUUAAAUGCAAUGAAACAGUAAACAAUAAUGUUUUCCAUCAAAUUUCCCCUUUGAAUAUGUACAAAAUGGCCUAUCUCUAUUAUUCAUUUUAUCUGUAGUUUUGACACAAUUGAAGUUUGAAAAAUUCGUUAAAAAUUGGCUACAGGAGGGUACACAAACCUUAAUACAAAUUGUCUGUCUACAGUAUAAAAGGGAAAAUGUACCAGUCAUGAUAAGCAUU